UUCAUUAGCAACACUUUUUAUUUUAUUUAUAUAUCCUCUUCUUCUUCUUUACUUCACUAAAAAUUCUUCAAUCAAUUCAAUCACAAAAAUAAAAUAUAAAAAAAUGGUACAUUCAAAGAAGUUUAGAGGUGUCAGGCAACGCCAUUGGGGUUCUUGGGUUUCUGAAAUUAGACACCCCUUGUUGAAAAGAAGGGUAUGGCUAGGGACAUUUGAUACAGCUGAAGAAGCAGCAAGAGCAUAUGAUGAAGCAGCAAUAUUAAUGAGUGGAAGAAAUGCAAAAACUAAUUUUCCAAUGACACAAGAUUUAGAUAAUAAUAAUAAAGAUUUAAAGGCUAAAGAUCAAGAAUCAUCAUUUUCAUCACCAAAAACUUUAUCUGAAAUACUUCAUGCCAAGUUGAGAAAAUGUAGCAAGGUACCAUCACCAUCUCUCACUUGUUUGAGAUUGGAUAUUGAAAAUUCACACAUAGGAGUUUGGCAAAAACGUGCUGGCCCUUCUUCUGAUUCUAAAUGGGUAAUGACAGUUGAACUUCAGAAAAAAAAUAAUCCAAAAAAUAUUGCUGCUGAAGAAGAAUUAAAUAAUAAUAAUAAUAAUAAUUCAAAUAAUUCCAAGAAUUGUGGAGAAAUUGUUGAAGGUAUAAAAAUUAGAAGUGAAAUGGAUGAAGAAGAAAGAAUUGCAUUGCAAAUGAUUGAAGAAUUGCUUCAAAGAUGAAAUUACUACUACUAAAAAAACGUAGCGGGGCUAUUUAACGACAAAUUUGGCAGCUAAUUUUUAUUAUUAAUAGUGGAUCAACUUGUUCAAUUUACAUUAUCUAAUGUUUAUUUAUCAUGUAAUAUGUGAUUUUAUGUUAUUAGUUUGAUUUCUAAUAAUUUGGGCUAGAAGUAUGCCUAUGUAAGUAGUACUAAUAGAAAGAAGAAGAAAAAACAAGUCACUAAAGUUGUAUAUCCUUUGUGUAGACAAAGUAAAUCAACAAUAUUGUCAUCUUCUCAAAAAAAAAAAUAUAGUUUGAUAAAUAAAAUAUAUUCAUGA